AUGGGCAAAACUAAGGUGCUUCCACAAAAAUUGACAAAAGGGAAUGAUAGUUUUUUCGUCGGAACAACUAAAAAACUAGAUCCAAGUUCAAGCUCUAGUUCCGGAUCGCAGGGCUUUUUUACUACGUCCGUGUCGAGUAAACCUGACACCGAUCACAAAUUUAGCGAAAAAAAAAAGUUUGAUAAGAAUAAGUGGCGUGUUCAAAAGUACAGCUUGAAGAACAAAGUGGAAAAAUGGCAGAAUAAAAGGACACAACAUAUUCGCCACGAAUAUAUGAAGAAACAGAGAAGUAAGAAUAAGCCGAUAACAUUUGAUGUACAGAAGAUAUACGAAGAAGAGGAACGAAGAGAGAAAGAGGAUGAUCAAGUAGACACAAACGAUGCAGAGAAUAAGGAUAAUUCGGGGGAAUUUAGUGAACAUUCUGGGAAAAGGAGAAAUCGUAAACGGAAAACAAGUUUAGAAAGCAGACAAGAAAACGAACAAUCGAAAGAAGAAUUUCUUAGGAUGAAAGCAGAAAAAGAAAAGGCCACUAAAGAAUAUUGGAAAAAAAAGCUGGAAAAACAAAAGAAGAUGAACAAGAAAACGAAGAGGGGUCAGCCUGUCAUGAAAGGACGAAUGGAGCUGUUAUUAGAAAAAAUUCAAGAGGACUUGAAUUCGUAA